AUGGCGGAUGCUGAGCUGGAGGAGAUCAGAAGAGCGCGCCUUGCGCAGCUCCAACAACAAGGCGGCCCUCGCGGUGGCCCAAGUGGAGAUGGCGGCCAGGACGAGCAGCGAAGGCAAGCUGAAUCGGACCGCCGCGCCUCCAUCUUGAAUCAGAUUCUAGACCCUGCCGCCGCUGACAGGCUUGGGCGGAUUCGCCUUGUGAAGGAAUCGCGCGCCACAGACAUUGAGAACCGACUUCUCAUGCUGGCCCAGUCUGGUCAGCUGCGACAAAAGGUUACCGAGCAGCAGCUCAAAGAGCUUUUGAAUGCUGUUGCAGAGAACCAGCGUAAGGAGGAGGAAGAACAGAAGAUCGUCAUCAGCCGGCGUAAAGGUGCUUGGGAUGACGAUGACGACUUGCUGGAUCUAUAG